UGUUUGGUUUGAGACGCGUCCGGCGCUUCCUCCGCGCUGUGCUGCUUUACUAACACUGUAGAAAGUCAUCAGCAGUUCACUGACUCCACACCAUCACCAUGAGGGAGCUGCACUUUAAGGACAACUUCUGGCUUCUUUGUUGGCAGAACUGUGAGCUGACCUGUACGGCGGGCUACGACACCAUCCUCCAGCACCUCAACGACGGCAAGAGGACCUGCAAAGAGAUCGAAGACUUCAUUAAAGCCAGAGCUGCAAUUGAGGAGAAAUACGCAAAGGAGCUGCUGAAUUUGUCCAAGAAGGUGUGCGGCCAUAAUGAAAUGAACACGCUGAAGCGAUCACUUGAUGUUUUCAAACUGCAAACUGAACAGGUGAGUACGUCUCACUUGCAUCUGGCCCAGGCCAUGAGGGACGAAGCCAAAAAGUUAGAGGAGUUCAGAGAAAAACAAAAAGAUGCAAGAAAGAGGGUGGAGCAGCAGAUGGAUACGCUGCACAAACAGAAAGCGACACAGUACAAGAAAACCAUGGAGACUAAGAAGACUUACGAGCAGAAGUGUCGUGAUAAAGAAGACGCCGAGCAGACGAUGAACAGGAACGCCACCACCAGCAACGCCAAACAGCAGGAUAAGCUCUACGCCAAAGCACAGCAAGCCAAACAGUCAGCAGAGGAAGCAGACAAAAUUUACAACCAGAACGUGCUUGCAUUGGGAAAGAUGCGGGAGGAAUGGCUGAAUGAGCAUAUUAAAGCAUGUGAGAUGUUCGAGAAACAAGAAGCGGAGAGGAUCGGCGUGUUGCGGAACGUCGUGUGGACUCACCUGAACCAGCUCUCACAACAGUGCGUGAGCAGCGAUGAGCUCUAUGAGGAAGUGAGGAAGUCUCUGGAGCAGUGUGACAUUCAGGAAGACCUCGAGCACUUCAUCAACCUGAGGAGAACCGGAGACAAACCCCCAGCUCCUGUACCAUAUGAGAAUUUCUACAGCACUCAGAGAUCAAUGCCAAACAGACAGCCGCCGUCCGUUACCAGGAGAGGAGCCGCACCUCCACCGCCGAACACAGAAGGUGAUGUGGUGUAUUCGACUAUAAAUGAUCCAGGAUACAGUGUUAUUCGAUACUAACAAUGCACAAGAGAAUCCUCCCCGCUGUGUCAAUGUUAACUCUUCAAUGUGGUGUUCAGUAGGUGCCACUUCAAAUAUUCAGCACAUAAUAAGAAGUGAAGAGAACAGAGAGUAAAAACGCCGCACAUUUCACUACACUGAUACAGCCAAUGUGUAAUUUAUUUCCUUUUUUUGCCUGUUUGAAUAUCAGAAUCAUAUAAUAUAUAGUAAUAUGGUAAUUAAGCCUUCAGUAAAUUUUUUAAUCCCGUCAGUAGAUAUGUUGACCCAUUGUAAAUAUACACUGGAUUUUACUCUUAGUGCGUGUGUGUUCGUUUGCGAGGUCUGUCUUGUUAGCAGAUUAUUCUGUUCACAAAAGGCACAGCUGUCUUUCUUAUUUAUUUUUUUUUAUUGCAUUCAGUUAUUUAAAAGUUGUCAUUUUUAAAAAAUGUACUGUCUUUCAAAUGGCCAAUGUGGUAAUGUCAUGUACAGAACACCAGGAAAGACGUUAUUGAGGACAUUUUGUAAUAAUAUCAAACUGAUAAAAAUGUGUUAUGAACAGUUCAUAUCAGGUUUCUGGUUUAUCUGUUUGCGGACAGAAAGUAGCGUGAACUUUUGUUGCGAUUUAAUGACUGCUGUGCUGUUAAACUGCCCUGUACUUCCUGCUUUUAAUAAAAUCUGAUUGUCAUCAUGA